UGAACUUUAACCAGGAAGUUUACAACACUGCUCCAUGUUUACACAUGUUUGCACUUUCACGUGGACAAGAUUCUCAUUGUUAAAAUGUCUUCAAAGAAAAAUAAAGGCAAAAUUAAAAAGGCGAAUGAAAGGGACGGUUCGCUCGUCCUGAAGGAAGACUCGAGUGGCUCCUCAAGUCUGCAAACAUCUGGCCACGACGGUGGAAACUGCACACGUUCAAGCAAUUCGUUCACAGUCAUCGAUUUCAUUGAUAAAGCAGAUGACAAAACACCCAAAAGUUGCAGAUCAACUUUAGCCCAACUGAGCCUCUAUUCAAUGAAGUCAGCCAAUGUGUGCAUUGGGAGACCAGUUCUGCUGACGAGUACUACAGGUCAACAAGAGGUGUGUGUGGGAUGGCCUGUUGCCUCCUUUCCUGGUGGAAAAGUCGGUCUUCAGAAGUGUGCUCAGAACAACCUGAGAGUGAAGUCGGGAGAUGAAGUGAUGCUGCACCCUCUGAUGGGCCCUGUGCUUCAGGCUGAAGAGGUGGUAUUAUGUAACAGGUCAAAAGACGACACAUUGCAGACAGACGAGUUCAAGAACUUCUUCUUGAGAUCUCUGGCGGGGAACAUCAUUCUGCCAGGAAAUGUCCUCUCCCUGACCUACUUUGGCCGGUCGUGCAGUCUCCGAGUUGAGACAAUCAGAGGGGAGGAUGGCAUCACUGUCCAGAGACCAGCUCCUCUCCCAGGACUGGGUCCUGACAUGGAGGUGUCUUCUGUGAGUCCUCUGGACUCCACAUCAGCCGAUCUUUCCCUGCAGCUCAGCCUGCUGACUGUUGAUGACAACAAUGGUGACGGGACACCAGGCUCAUCUGGUGAGCUGGGUCCUGCAGCCAGCACCCCAUGCCGACCUGACCACCUCCCUUCUCUUUCAUCACCCCCUGCUUCAUGCACUCCUUACUGCACAUCCCAGAAUCCUUCAGCAGAGUCAGCGGAGGAUACUGUCCAUCUAGAGAGCUCACUCAUCUCAGAGCAGACAGGGACAAUUCCCAAAGCUCCCCCUGGUGUUGCACUGAGUACUGACACCUUCUACUGCCUCUCCUGCUCAACUAAAGUCAGUUUCAGAGACAGAGCAGGGCAGGAAGAUCCAGAUGCAGAAGCUAAAAGGUCAAAGGUCACAUACAGCAUGAUUGGAGGGCUCAGCAGCCAGUUGGAUGUCAUCAGAGAGACCAUUGAGCUUCCUCUGAAACACCCUGAACUGUUCUCCAACUAUGGGAUCCCACCUCCCCGAGGAGUGCUUCUGUAUGGUCCGCCAGGCACAGGAAAGACUAUGAUUGGACGAGCCAUAGCCAGUGAGGUCGGAGCUCAUAUGGUGGUGAUCAACGGCCCAGAGAUCAUGAGCAAAUUCUAUGGUGAAACAGAAGCGAGACUGAGGCAGAUAUUCACUGAAGCGUCUCAGAGGCAACCUGCGAUGAUCUUUAUUGAUGAGCUGGAUGCUUUGUGCCCGAAGCGAGAGGAUGCUCAGAACGAGGUGGAAAAACGAGUUGUUGCUUCUCUCCUGACUCUGAUGGAUGGGCUUGGCUCAGAGGGUCACUCAGGUCAGUUGUUGGUCCUGGGGGCCACAAACCGACCCCAUGCCCUCGACCCCGCCCUGCGCCGGCCAGGACGCUUUGACAAGGAACUGGAGGUAGGAGUCCCUGGUGCAGCAGAACGUACAGAUAUUUUGCAAAAGCAGCUGAGUUUGGUACGGUGCAGUGCCACCACAGAGGAGCUGACACAGCUGGCAGAAGCUGCCCAUGGAUAUGUAGGAGCAGACCUCGCAGCUGUUUGCAAAGAAGCAGGUUUGCAUGCACUGAGGCGAGCACUGAGAGCUUCCCACCAACCAUCAGACCAGCAGCUGAUGGGGACGCUGACGGUCACUCUACAGGACCUCCAGUGGGCCCUGUCUGUUGUGAAGCCCAGUGCCAUGAGGGAGGUUGCUAUCGAUGUUCCCAAGGUUCACUGGUCGGAUGUAGGUGGGAUGGAGGAGGUGAAGCUGAAACUGAAGCAGGCUGUUGAGUGGCCUCUGAGGCACCCCGAGGCCUUCACCCGCAUGGGGAUCCAACCACCUAAAGGAGUGCUGCUCUACGGGCCCCCAGGCUGCUCCAAGACCAUGAUAGCCAAGGCUCUGGCCAAUGAAAGUGGCCUCAACUUUCUGGCUAUUAAAGGGCCAGAAUUACUGAGCAAGUAUGUUGGAGAGUCUGAAAGAGCUGUGAGAGAGGUGUUUCGGAAGGCGAGGGCCGUCGCUCCCUCCAUCGUCUUCUUUGAUGAGAUCGAUGCUCUUGCCAGUGAAAGAGGAAGCUCCUCGGGCUCUGGGGGGGUAGGAGACCGGGUCCUGGCUCAGCUCCUGACAGAGAUGGACGGCAUCGAGCAGCUCCAAGAUGUCACUGUGCUGGCCGCCACCAACCGGCCCGACAUGAUCGAUAAGGCUCUGAUGCGCCCAGGUCGCCUCGACCGAAUCGUCUAUGUGCCUCUUCCAGAUGCUUCAACCCGACGGGAGAUAUUUUCUCUUCAGUUCCGCAACAUGCCCGUGGACCCAAGUGUGUCUCUUGAAGACCUGGUGACUCAGACCAACAAGUAUUCUGGAGCAGAGAUAACGGCAGUAUGCAGAGAGGCUGCCCUCCUGGCCCUACAACAGAACAUCAAAGCUCAGUCCAUUGAGGCCAGACACUUUGAAAGUGCCCUGAACACUGUGAAGCCCCGGAUCCCCGACUCUCUCAUCCAGUUGUAUAUCAGCUAUCAGCAGCAACACACCGGCCUGUGCUUUUUCUGACCACACUCCUACGUACUAAGGAGGUUGUUCUCUUUAUAAUUCUACUACUACUUUAAUAGUGCAGGCUUCCACCUGCCCCAGUCUGCUGGACAGGUGGCUAACAUGAUAAGAAACUGACACACCAUGCUGACUUUGGCUAAAAGCAAGGAUUUCUCUUUUGUAGCUACUGUGAAACGAACUGUUGAUGGGGUUUAUAGUUUACAGCUAGUAGGGGAAAAAUGUGCUAACCGGUUUGGAGUCCACAAUCCAACAUGCCAAACUUUGUUUCCCAGAAUGGCUUUAAUUAUAUGUAUAGUUUUUAAGUCUGCUGAAGUGUCAUGUUUGAUCAUGUAAAAUACUGGCAAUGUAUUAAAUGCAUUAUUUCUGUA